UGUUGUGCUAUGACGUAAGGAGUCAGGAGAGGGAAAAUGGCGGAGGGAGCUGCUGCUUACCGGGGGUAGUGAUCAGGGCCGGGCUCGGCGUUAAGACCAGGAAACAGGCCGGGGACCGUUUCCAUGGCGAGAACGACCAGCCAGAUGUAUGAUGCUGUUCCCAUUCAGUCCAGUGUGGUCCUCUGCUCAUGCCCAUCUCCAUCCAUGGUGAGGAAUCAGUCCGACUCCAGCACGCGGCCUGCUAUCUCAGGUAUCACCAUGGACAGUAGUGCAGGUGAUACUGGACCAGUGGUGAGCUCUUUACCACAGCACGUGGGGCAACGGCAACAACCGACAGCACAGACCCAGCGGCAACAAGUGGCGGGGCACACUCAGCAACCACGGAAAAAACGGCCCGAAGACUUCAAGUUUGGCAAGAUUCUUGGGGAGGGAUCAUUCUCAACAGUUGUAUUGGCCCGCGAGCAAGCAACUGGUAAAGAAUAUGCUAUUAAAAUCCUGGAGAAGCGUCAUAUCAUUAAGGAGAACAAGGUACCAUAUGUUACCCGAGAGAGGGAUAUCAUGUCACGCCUGGAUCACCCCUUUUUUGUAAAACUCUACUUCACUUUUCAGGAUGAUGAGAAGCUCUAUUUUGGCCUUAGUUAUGCUAAAAAUGGAGAGCUUCUUAAAUACAUUCGUAAGCAGGGCUCGUUUGAUGAGAACUGCACACGAUUUUAUUCUGCUGAAAUUGUUUCAGCGCUAGAAUACUUACAUGAGAUUGGGAUCAUACACAGGGACCUUAAACCAGAGAAUAUUUUGCUGAGCGAGGACAUGCACAUACGGAUUACCGACUUCGGAACAGCGAAAGUAUUAUCUUCAGAUAGUACGCAAGCACGAGCAAAUUCUUUUGUUGGAACAGCACAGUAUGUUUCACCAGAGCUUCUGACUGAGAAAUCAGCUUGUAAAAGUUCUGACCUCUGGGCUCUUGGCUGCAUUAUAUACCAGCUGGUAGCUGGACUGCCACCAUUUAGGGCUGGCAAUGAAUAUCUCAUAUUCCAAAAAAUUAUUAAAUUAGAAUAUGAAUUCCCAGAAAAGUUUUUCCCAAAAGCGAAAGAUUUGGUGCAGCAACUUUUGGUGUUUGAACACACCAAACGCCUUGGUUGUGAAGAGCUGGGAGGUUAUGGACUCCUCAAAGCCCAUCCGUUCUUUGAACCUGUUGCCUGGGAGAAUCUGCACCUUCAGAUCCCUCCAAAACUCACCGCAUAUCUCCCGGCAAUGUCUGAGGAUGACGAGGAUUGCUAUGGCAAUUAUGAUGACCUCCUCAGUCAGUUUGGUUGCAUGCAGGUGGGUCCCUCCAGCUCUUCACAGUCACUGUCUACGCUGGAGCCCAGCCCACCCCAGAGGUCAGGCAGUAACAUUGACCAGUACAUCCAUGACCUCAACGACAAUUCGUUUGAACUGGAUCUUCAGUUUACAGACGAGGAUAAACGGCUGCUGCUUGAGAAACAAGCCAACAGAAAUCCCUGGCACCAGUUUGUAGAAAACAAUUUAAUCCUGAAGAUGGGUCCAGUUGAUAAGAGGAAGGGUCUGUUUGCACGACGCAGACAGUUGCUCCUCACCGAGGGCCCCCAUCUCUAUUACGUGGAUCCCGUCAACAAGGUUCUGAAAGGGGAGAUUCCCUGGUCACAGGAGCUACGUCCAGAAGCCAAGAACUUCAAAACCUUUUUUGUUCAUACUCCUAACCGGACAUAUUACUUAAUGGAUCCCAGUGGGAAUGCACACAAAUGGUGCAAAAAGAUCCAGGAAGUGUGGCGACGGCGAUACCAGAACCAACAGAAUGCUGGCAUCUAGCAAACUGCAGCUCACAUUUAUGGAGAAGCUUUCUCAAGCUGCUGGUGCUCCACAGCCAAGAACUGUAGCACAGCAAAUAAAGCCUCCCCACCCCCUCUUCAUCCAUUUCUCUUGCUCUUUCUCCCCCUCCCCUUCCCCUUCUUGCUCUUUCUCCCCUUUCCCUUUGUCCCUUUCCUCCCCAGGUUAAAAAGAAACAGCCUAUGGCAUCCAGAUAAAUCGUUCUAUUUGUGUGUGUGUGUGUGGGUUGUGGUGGGGGCAGGCUUGCUCCAACCUAUUUUUCCUUCCUUCCUUUCCAUGUAAGUGGGAUUGCGGGUUGCUUUGCCUGCUCUUUGUGCUGCAGGCCUAUCAUAUUGCAGAUAGGAAGCCCUUGCCUCUUUAUGUGUAACGUCUGCUGUCGUUCCAGGUUGCUGAGUAAUUGAUGCUUUUAGAAAAAAAAAAUCACGUGUUUAUAAACUGCUUCACAGGCAGAUUGCAAAACCCAAUCCGUGCGUGUACCCCGCAACCCCCAUUCCAGUUCAGGCAGCCCUCCAUUUACACAGGGCCUGAUCUUUGUGAUAUUACCUUUUUAUUUUUUGUUUUACUUUUUUUAAAUUAUUCAAGAGCUGUGUAAAUUUUCACUUCUGUCCUUGCUUUCUUCUGGCCUCUGACUCCUGCAGCAUUGCUUUCUCAUUUGUACGAAUGCCAAGGGUAUAUAGUGGUACUGAGGAGUCGAUGUGCAUAUAAACACACUUAAAUGCAGAAGGAAAUCAACCCCUUAUUUAUGCAGUGACUUACUUUCCCAGAGUGAAGUUGUUAUUGAUCUAACUAUAAGGCCGGCCCUGUCUCUCCAAGUUGGUUAUGGUUGAUCAAGCUACACACUCAAACAGAAGAUGAAGUUUUGUAAUUAAUUGACCUGUUCUUAUCGAACCAGCCCAUGUGCUGCGAUAGAACUCUGUACAUGUCUUGUUUUAUAUAAUUGUUUGCCCAUUCUGAUUCAGCUUCAAAGCAGGCUGCUGUUAAGUUGUUGCCCAUAACCAAAAGGAUUGAAAUUAAUUUUUGAUCUUGGGCAGUCAGUGAGUUUUGCUUGGCUGAAAAUGUUAAUCUGAACGAGUUGGGUUCAUCACUGUGCAAAGCACUGAAUUAAUACACGCUUAAACCAACAAGUUCUUUUGCUGCUUCUCCCUUCCCUUAAAUAAUUGAAGUAUCCAAAACCGUUUCAGUGAUGGUGCAAUACUCGCUAAAGUUUAUACUUGCUCCGUGCUAAAUUUCAGUCAUGGAGUCAGGCUUGUGAGCAUCUGGAAAAGGUUUGUGCAACCAAAUGUUCACUUUGCAAGUUGCAGCAUUUUGUUUUCUGCUGUGACUCCAAUGACAGCAUAGUACAACACGUGCCCAGGAUCUGCCUUUAGCCAUUGGUCUCUGGCCAAUGGGACAGGGUGUGAAGGCAGCAGGGAUUGAGGUACUUGGCUGUGCUCAAUGCUGCACACUCGUACACGUGACUGGAUUUGAAAGUACCCAGUCUGCUGUUGUGUAACUUCUGUAAAUUUUCUGUAUAUAUAUAUAUAUAUAUCUAUAAAUAUAUAUAAAUAUAUAUGUGUGUGUGUGUAUGUGUGUGUGUUUGCAGGGGGUGGGUUAGAAUUACGCCUGGUACUUGUGUAACCGCAGUGAGACAUUUCUGUGAUGCUCCGUGUAUGCAAGCAAAAUUCAGGGGAGGGGAGGAGAAAUCUAUUUAAAGCAACAAAAAUCAAAGCUGGCCAGGGCUCUCCUAAUGCUUCACCUGUAUGUAGCCAAGUCCCACAGACCCAGGGAUUUCUGGCUCAAUCAUUGGCAGUAAGGGCAACAGUUGGCCUUUGCAUCCUCAAGUUAGCAAGGGACAAUUCAGCCAGCUUCUUACUCCUGUUUAUUAUCCAAUGUACCCCUGUGGGCAAAGUGUUUGGACAUUUGGGGAGGAUGGGUUUGAACUUGGGUGUGUCCCUACUCUGCCCCACCCAACCGUGAAUUGCUCACCAUCAGGUCACCUGUAGAGAAUAGCCACCUAAGCGAGGGCUGAGAGAGAAGUCACCGCCCAUCGAACCAAACUCAGUCACAAUCCAUAUCCUCGGGAAGGGGAGAAACUAACACUGCUAAUCUGUAACGGCGGGUUCAUGUUCAUCUACGGGGCAGUGCAAUGCUUAAAGACUGGAGGGUUUCGCCAAACUGGAUGGUGAUGUAUAUUUAAUAUAACAGUGAUGUGCUGUCUACAACAGAAACUGUCCAGUACACCACAGAGCCUGUCACUAACUCAACUGUAAAGUGACUUACAUAAAAUGUGAUUUUUUUUUCUUGGGAAUACAUGCAGUGAAACUCUUCACAUAUUCUUUGUGUGUGUGUUUUAUUUUUAUUUUCCCUCCUUGAUUUUUUAUAGUCUGAGCAGCCCAUGAUCUGUGUGGAUGUCUGGUGGGAAAUUGCUGCCUUGCAGAGUAAGCUGUGAGCUCAAACCUCCUGUACCCAUGGCUGUGCCCAUCGGCCACUUUCAUUCAGCAGGUUGAGGCACUGCAGCAUUUGACAUGUGGUUUUUGACCUAUCCAGGAGUUGGCUGGCUAAUGUAACUUGAAAGAGCGGCCUUCAGUCAGUCUUCCAGUGAUCAUCUAGCAGCAGUAUAACCCUUGUUACAAUGAAGGGUUGGGGUCCAGCUAUGGGUCACAACUGGAAUGGAAACCACCUGUUACCAUAAUCUGUCAUCUUGUCACUUUCCUCUUUUCAUCCCAGUAAACUAGGUGAAACCGCUGCCUCUGACCUCUGAAACCUGACUAGGUGGAGCCUCAGGAAAUGACAGCUCAUGCUGUCACAGGGCUGCUACUAUUGUACCAGUUUUACUUUCUCUAAGCCAUCAAUAUCUUCUCCCAGCUAAUUUUGUCCAGGUUGAAGAGCCCCACUUCAUUAGAUCUUAAACUAAUUAACUGAUCAGGAGGUAACCAAGUUUUUUUUGUAGAUGAUGUUCUUGGGUAGAUCCCUGUUCAACCACAAAAGCUUUAGGAGGAGUUACCUGCCCUCCCAACCCCCUGAGACAGCAGGAGCAGCCACUGGUCCACCAGAGAUACUGUAUUUGUGCGCUCAAUAAAUGCUUUCACAGCAUUUGUUUUGAAAGAUCAAUGAUUGACAACUUGCUUUUAAUGGGACAACAGUGCUUACUGUGUGUGUAAAAGUUAUGAGUCUCUCAUUCCUUGAACGUUAUUGUACGUGUAGAGGGUGACAAGAAUUCAAAAGGGUAGAACUCAUAAAAAGCAAAAACAAAAAUUGCAGGUCUGACAGCAUCUGUGGAGAGAAAAACAGAGUUAAUGUUUUGAGUUUGUAUGACUCUUAUAAAAAGCAAGUAGGAUAGUAAUGCAGAUUUUGCAGUUUGGUGAAGAUGGGUAGGUGCUUCAUCUUGUCAGCGACCAGCUGAUAGCACAUGCAUUGUAUGCCUCACUGACUGCACUCAUAAAAAGGACUCCUUUUUGCAAUGGUGCAGACCCAAGUAUCUUUCAUGUGGGUCUUGAGUUGCCUAUGUAUUUAUCAGCCCUGUAAUGACACUGGGUAAGAAAGUAAACAAGGAGAAGGGCAACAGGAGUCCAGUAUCUCAUCACUCUUCCAAAAACAGCAGCAUUAAAAUGCCAUAGGUUUAGUACUUCAUGUUGUUUCCUAGUGAAUACAGUUUGUAAUCAACCAAUGUCAAUCAGAAUGCAAGUGUUUCCUCCCCUUAUGGCUACUUUUAUGGGAGUGUAAGUUGAGAAAUUGAUUAUACCAUUUGGCAUCAUAUUGAGUUGUACUUUAUGGAUUUUCUGUUCAAAACACCAGUUCAUGUUUGCUUAUGACUGUACAACUGGUGACAGCAUCCAUGGCUUGCUGCUUUAAUCUUGGAGUCCUUUCCAAAUCUGCUCAGUGAACAUGUAUGUUUUUUGUGUACGAUAUGCUAUUUUAAAAAUGUGAUUUCAUGUGUAAUGCUUCACCGUGUUUGUACAAAUCUGAUGCACUUAGACAUGCCUACAUCUAGUGCUCUAUCAGCUAGUAAGUGCGGAUUGUUUAAUAAAAUUCACCACUCCCAUUCCUUCCCACCCCAACAAACUCUCAACCUUGACACAUAUAGUUGUGGCAUUGCUAAUUUCUGCAGCUGUAAUUCUGUAUGGUCCCAAAAUUAGAGGAGACAUGUGUUUAGUGCCAUUGAAACCUCACUUCAUUAUUUUGUGAAAGGCAAUAACCCUAUCUAUCUCAAACGGGUUAGCAUCUAAAUUGUGAAGAGAGGACUUUCAGAUAAAAAGCAUUAAGCUCAUGUACUCUGAUAUCCCACACUGUUGAUCUCAGAACCUGUAUUUUGUGAGCAAUUAAGGGGAAGGAAUUCUCUCACUCCCAAAAAAUCCUUGCCACUUGCACAUUUUGUCCAGGUUGAUAAUCAUAUCAAGUGGUCACAUGGUGUCAAGACCCUGACUGGUUUAGAGACCAGCGGCACUGAUGCACGACGGCAGUGAGCAAAGUAAAACCAGCCUGAAGCAAGUAAUGCAAUAUAUUAAACCACACACACUUUAUUUUGUUUUUGUUUUAUUCUUGUCAGAUUACUUACUGGUUAAAGCUAGCCUGUAGUUCAGUCUGUUAUUUAAAUUCUAAUAUAUGAGUUGCAUCUGGAGUUAAUUCAUGUUCAGGGGCCAUGUUGUGUAUGUAUGUGAUGUUCAGCCUUUGAAUAUGAAUAACUAUUGUAAACUAUAAUAUUUUGACUUUGUUUCCAGGCUUUUAUUAUAUAAAUUUUCUAUUUGGUCAAUGAUUUGAACCAUAUUCCUCAUAAUUUAAUGAACGUAUAAUACUUUAUGAAUAUUUGUGCUUUAGAUGGAGCGGAAUGAUUUGAACUUUUCACGUAAUGCUCAAUAGUUCUGUAAUUAAAGCAUGUAGGGGUUGUAGGUACAAAACAUCAAA